CUGCUGCACGGCUUGUUUAGUAUCCUUCAUCCCUCCCAUCCCUUGUCCUCUGCUCAUCCUCACUUGCUCUCUCACUCGCCGCAUCUCGCCCGCUGACUGGCUUAUUCCUGCCUGCACAGAGUGGAGAGGCGAGCAAAUACAGCAGGGCUCUUCUCUCUCUGUGCAUAUAUUUAUUCUCUGGCCGUUCUUCUCUUUUUCGUCUCGCCAUUCUGAAGCUGGGUCAGAAGUGGUGGAUCGCAGGGUCAGAGCAUGGAUCAGGAAAGAGCCGGGCAAAAGCGGCAAAACCGGGUCAUGAGCAGGCUCUCUUGACUGAUGCCCGUUUGGACCCGGAGGAAUGGGGUGCACCACCAGUACGGUCGUCCUGGAUGGGCUGCGAACUGUCUUAGAGAGGAACUGUAGCGGUUACAUCUGUAAAGGAGCUGCUGAGCCCAUUGGGCCGUCUGAGGUUGAGCGAGCGCUGAGUCGGCGGGAGUCGCGUGUUUUGCCCACACUGAGAGUGCUUAAGGUGAAGCCAAAGGUAAUCGAGCCUCUGGACUAUGAAAAUGUUCUGGUGCAGAGGAAGACGCAGAUCCUCAGUGAUGUCCUCAGGGACAUGCUGCAGUUCCCUUUGGAGGACUUUGAGAUUUCUACUUUGAGGCGACAAGGACGGAGUCUCUACCCCACGUUGCCCGACAAUGCAGAGAAGGAGGCUCACAGUCUGUUUGUCCAAGAGUGCAUUAAAACCUACAAGACCGACUGGCAUGUUGUCAACUACAAGUAUGAAGCUUAUUCUGGAGACUUCAGGCAGCUUCCAAACAAAGUGUCCAGGCCUGAAAAACUGGCGGUCCAUGUCUUUGAAGUAGACGAGGAUGUUGACAAAGACGAGGAUACAGCCUCCCUUGGAUCCCAGAAGGAUGGGAUCACCAAACAUGGUUGGCUCUAUAAAGGCAACAUGAACAGUGCCAUCAGUGUUACAAUGAGGUCAUUUAAGAGGCGAUAUUUCCAUCUGACCCAACUGGGGGACGGCUCCUACAAUCUAAACUUCUACAAGGAUGAAAAAAUAUCCAAAGAGCCUAAAGGGACCAUUUUCUUGGACUCCUGCAUGGGUGUAGUUCAGAACAACAAGGUCCGGAGGUUUGCUUUUGAGCUGAAGAUGCAGGAUAAGAGCACCUACCUCCUGGCUGCAGACAGUGAAGGCGAGAUGGAGGAUUGGAUCAACACCCUCAACAAGAUUUUGCACAGCAGCUUUGAGAUCGCCAUGCAGGAAAAGAGGAAUGGAGAUAUCCAUGAUGAUGAUGAUCUUGCAAAGUCAGACAGUUCAUCUGGCAGUAUGGACAGUUUUCAGAGCGCUAGAGAUAUCGAAACCAGGAUGAGGAACGAGACAAGAUUGAAGCUGUUCACCCUUGACCCUGACACACAGAAGCUGGAUUUCUCAAGAAUAGAACCAGAUGUGAAGCAGUUUGAAGAGAAGUUUGGCAAGCGUUUGCUUGUUAACUGCAACGACCUGUCCUUUAAUCUGCAAAGCUGUGUUGCUGAAAAUGAGGAGGGACCAACAACAAAUGUGGAGCCAUUUUAUGUGACUCUGUCAUUGUUCGACAUCCAGAAUGGAAGGAAGAUCUCUUCUGACUUCCACGUGGACCUCAACCACCCAUCCGUCAGGGGCAUGUUGCCUAACUAUGACAGUCAGUAUAUUAACGGAGGAGGGGAGGUCUACCCUGAAGGGCCACGAUUGGUCCACGGCGUGCCAGAGACAAUCAUGCGUUAUCCCCGGCAGGGGGUGUUCUCUGUAAUGUGCCCCCAUCCUGAUAUCUUCCUUGUGGCUCGUGUUGAGAAGGUUCUGCAGGGAGCAAUCAACCAUUGUGCCGAGCCUUACAUGAAGAGUUCUGACUCCACCAAGGUGGCACAGAAGGUCCUGAAAAACGCCAAGCUGGCAUGCAAUCGUCUAGGCCAGUACAGGAUGCCUUUCGCCUGGGCAGCAAGGCCGUUGUUCAAAGAUGCUUCAGGGACGCUGGACAAAAGUGCUCGCUUCUCACCUCUGUACAGACAGGAUAGCAACAAACUCUGCAAUGAUGACAUGCUCAAACUGCUGGCUGACUUCAGAAAGCCAGAGAAGAUGGCGAAGCUUCCUGUGAUCCUUGGAAACAUCGAUGUUAUCAUUGACAACGUCGCCCCCGACUUGACCAAUUGCAUUACCUCAUCCUACAUUCCUGUGAAGCAGCUGGAUGUGAGCGAGAAGAGCAGCAUCUUCUUUGAGGUGGAGGAGUUUGUGCCAUACAUAGCCAAAUGUUCCCAACCGUUUACCAUCUACAACAAUCACCUCUACGUCUACCCCAAGCAUUUGAAAUAUGAUGGACAGAAGUCUUUUGCAAAGGCUCGAAACUUAGCUGUCUGCAUUGAGUUCAUGGACUCAGACGAUGAAAAUGCUUUACCCCUAAAGUGCAUCUACGGGCGGCCUGGAGGACCUUUGUUUACAAAAAAUGCAUUUGCCGCAGUAUUACAUCACCAGCAGAACCCUGAAUUCUAUGAUGAGUUCAAGAUUGAGCUACCGACCCAGCUCCAUGAGAAACACCACCUGCUCUUCACUCUCUACCAUGUCAGCUGUGAGAGCAACAGCAAGGCCAGCACCAAAAAGAGAGAGCAGGUUGAGAUGCAAGUGGGUUACGCCUGGCUUUCACUGCUGAAAGACGGCCGUGUGGUCAUGAGCGAGUGUCACAUCCCCGUGGCGGCCAACCUGCCUGCUGGAUAUCUCAGCUGCCAGGAAGGUUCCAGCAAGCAUUCCGGCCCUGAGGUCAAAUGGGUAGAUGGAGGCAAGCCUUUACUCAAGGUGUCCACUCAUCUCGUGUCCACCAUUUACACUCAGGAUCAGCAUUUGCACAACUUCUUUCAUCACUGUCAGAGCAUAGCAUCGUCACCUCAGGAAUCAGGAGGUGAACUGGUCAAAUACUUAAAGAGUCUGCACGCCAUGGAGAGUCAUGUAAUGAUCAAGUUCCUGCCCACCACCCUAAAUCAGCUAUUCAGGGUGCUGACCAGCGCUAGCCAGGAAGAUGUGGCGGUCAACGUCACCAGAGUCAUGAUCCACAUCGUAGCCCAAUGCCAUGAGGAGGGACUGGAGCACUACCUGAGAUCAUACGUCAAGUUUGUUUUCAAGACCGAGCCACACACAGGUUCCAGCCCCGGAAAGGUGCAUGAAGAGCUCGCUAAAGCAAUGACCGCCAUCUUGAAGCCUUCCACCGACUUCCUUACAUGCAACAAGCUUCUCAAGUACUCCUGGUAUUUCUUUGAAGCCUUAGUCAAGUCCAUGGCUCAGUACUUGAUUGAAAGCUGCAAAGUGAAGCAAUCCCGCAAUCAGCGUUUCUCAGCAUCCUUUCAUCACACGGUGGAGACUGUGGUCAACAUGAUGAUGCCUCACAUCACUCAGAAAUACAAAGACAACCUUGAUGCAGCCAGGAACGCCAACCACAGCCUGGCAGUUUUCAUCAAGCGCUGCUUCACCUUGAUGGACAGAGGUUUUGUGUUCAAACAGAUCAACAACUACAUGAACUGUUUCAUGCCUGGAGACCCAAAGACACUGUUCGAGUUCAAGUUUGAGUUCCUGCGUGUUGUGUGCAACCACGAGCACUAUGUCCCUUUAAACCUGCCAAUGCCUUUUGGAAAGGGGCGGAUACUAAGAUUUCAGGACCUCCAGUUGGACUACUCGCUGACAGACGACUUCUGCAAAAACCACUUCCUUGUUGGGCUGCUUCUGCGGGAGGUCAGCGCAGCUCUGCAGGAGUUCAGGGAGAUUCGACAAAUUGCCAUCCAGGUCUUAAAGAACCUGAUGAUAAAGCACACGUUUGAUGACCGCUACAUCACUAAAAGUCAACAAGCGAGGUUGGCAACGCUCUACUUGCCCCUGUUUGGUUUGCUUCAAGAGAACGUCAACAGGCUGAACGUGAAGGAAGUGACCCCCUUCACAAUGAACCAUUGUCACAAUAAUGGGAGAGAAGAUUCCCUCCUCGCCAACGCUUUGAUGACACCACCCAGAUCCAGCACUUUUUUGGACACAAGCUUGCACAAAGAUGUUUUUGGAGUCAUCUCUGGCACCGUCUCCCCUCACACGUCCUCUACACCCAACGUUAAUUCUGUGCGCCAUGCAGACUCUCGGGGGUCCCUCAUCAGCACUGACUCCGGCAACAGUCUAUCGGAGCGCAACACAGAAAAGGGCAACUCUUUGGAGAAGCCAGCGUCGUCGCUCAGCAACUCCCUGCUUCGAUGCGACAAACUGGAGCAGGCGGAGAUCAAGAGCUUUCUCAUGUGCUUCUUACAUGUGCUCAAAAGCAUGUCGGAGGAUGCUCUAUUCACAUAUUGGAACAAAGCUUCAACGGCCGACCUGAUGGACUUCUUCACACUUGUCGAAGUGUGCCUCCAUCAAUUCAAAUACAUGGGAAAGAGAUACAUAGCAAGGAACCAGGACGGGGCAGGACACGUAGCGCAUGAGCGGAAGUCUCAGACUCUGCCCGUGUCCCGUAACAGGGCGGGGAUGAUGCAUGCCCGCUUACAGCAGCUCAGCAGCCUGGAUAACGCAUACACUUUUAACCACACUUACAGUCACUCGGAUGCAGAUGUGUUGAACCACUCGGUGCUGGAGGCCAACAUCGCCACUGAGGUGUGCCUGACCGUCCUGGACACCCUCAGUGUCUUUAUCAUGAGUUUCAAGACCCAACUGUGCACCGAGCAUGGCCACAGUCCACUGAUGAAGAAGGUUUUUGAAGUCCACCUCUGUUUUCUGCGCAUAAAUCAGUCCGAAACCGCCCUCAAGCAGGUCUUCACUUCGCUGCGGACGUUCAUCUACAAGUUUCCCUGCACAUUUUUUGAAGGCCGUGCUGACAUGUGUGCUGCGUUCUGCUAUGAGAUCCUGAAGUGCUGUAACUCCAAACUGAGCUCCAUUCGCAGCGACGCAGCCCACCUGCUCUACUUUCUAAUGAAGAGCAACUUUGACUACACGGGGCGCAAGUCUUUUGUCCGGACGCACUUGCAGGUGGUGAUUGCUGUAAGUCAGUUGAUAGCUGAUGUCAUCGGUAUUGGGAGUACCCGCUUCCAGCAUUCCUUAUCCAUAAUCAACAACUGUGCCAACAGUGACAGAACUAUGAAGCACACUGCAUUCCCGUCAGACGUUAAAGACCUGACCAAACGUAUCCGAACCGUUUUGAUGGCGACCGCUCAGAUGAAGGAGCACGAGAGAGAUCCAGAGAUGCUGGUGGACCUCCAGUACAGCCUGGCCAAGUCUUACACCAGCACACCGGAGCUCCGAAAAACCUGGCUGGACAGCAUGGCUCGAAUCCAUGUGAAAAAUGGAGAUUUGUCAGAGGCGGCCAUGUGCUACAUUCACGUGGCAGCGCUGGUGGCAGAAUACCUGAGGAGGAAAGGCAUGUUCACACAAGGAUGCUCGGCGUUCCAAGUAGUGACUCCAAACAUCGACGAGGAGGCCGCCAUGCUGGAGGACGUCGGCAUGCAGGAUGUCCAUUUCAAUGAAGAUGUCCUCGUGGAGCUUUUGGAGGAGUGUGCCGACGGCCUGUGGAAAGCCGAGCGUUACGAGCUCAUCUCCGACAUCUACAAGUUGAUCAUUCCCAUUUAUGAGAAGCGUAGGGACUUUGAGAAACUAGCCCAUCUGUACGACACGUUGCAUCGGGCGUACAGCAAGGUGACCGAGGUCAUGCACACAGGCAAGAGGUUACUUGGCACCUAUUUCAGAGUGGCCUUCUUUGGCCAGGGCUUCUUUGAGGAUGAAGAUGGGAAGGAAUAUAUCUACAAAGAACCAAAAUUCACGCCGCUGUCUGAGAUAUCUCAGAGGCUCCUGAAGUUAUACUCUGACAAGUUUGGUCAGGAGAACGUGAAGAUGAUUCAGGAUUCUGGGAAAAUCAACCCCAAAGACCUGGAUUCUAAGUAUGCAUACAUACAAGUGACGCACGUGACACCUGACAUGGAGGACAAGGAACUAGCAGACAGGAAGACAGACUUUGAAAAAAGCCACAACAUCCGCCGAUUUGUGUUCGAGAUGCCUUUUACUGUGUCGGGCAAAAAGCAAGGCGGGGUGGAGGAGCAGUGCAAACGCCGCACGAUACUAACCACCACACACCGUUUCCCUUACGUGAAGAAACGCAUCGCAGUGAUGUACCAGCAGCACGUGGACCUCAGCCCCAUCGAGGUGGCUAUCGAUGAGAUGAGCAAGAAGGUGGCUGAGAUAAAUCAACUCUGCUCCUCCAGCGAGGUGGACAUGAUCCGUCUGCAACUCAAACUGCAGGGCAGCAUCAGUGUCCAGGUAAAUGCCGGGCCGCUUGCCUACGCUCGUGCUUUCCUGGACGACGCCUGUGCCAAGAAGUAUCCUGACAACAAGGUCAAACAGUUGAAAGAGGUCUUCAGGUAUUUUGUGGAAGCGUGCGGCCAUGGCUUGGGAAUCAACGAGCGGCUGAUCAAGGAGGACCAACAGGAGUAUCACGACGAGAUGAAGGCCAACUACAGGGACCUGGCCAGAGAGCUGUCCAUCAUCAUGCACGAGCAAAUCAGCACGGUAGAAGACAUCAAGAGCGCUCUUCCGGACUCGCUUCACAUCUUCAACGCCAUCAGCGGCACACCGACAGGUGCCACCAUCCAGGGCAUACCCAGCUCUUCCUCUGUGGUAUGAUGCUAAGAAGCGGUCAGACGAGGGUAAUGACUUAUCCACACCACCACGCGGUGGCAGACAUGGAUAUGUGGCCUACAUGGACUAUGUGGCCGACAUGGACUAUGUGGCCUACAUGGACUAUGUGGCCGACAUGGACUAUGUGGCCGACAUGGACUAUGUGGCCUACAUGGACUAUGUGGACAAUGUGGCCUAAAUGGACAAUGUGGCCUACAUGGACUAUGUGGACUAUAUGGCCAACAUGGACUAUGUGGCGUACAUGGACUAUGUGGCCUACAUGGACUAUGUGGCCGACAUGGACUAUGUCGCCUACAUGGACUAUGUCGCCUACAUGGACUAUGUGGCCUACAUGGACUAUGUGGACAAUGUGGCCUAAAUGGACAAUGUGGCCUACAUGGACUAUGUGGACAAUGUGGCCUAAAUGGACAAUGUGGCCUACAUGGACUAUAUGGCCAACAUGGACUAUGUGGCCUACAUGGACUAUGUGGACAAUGUGGCCUAAAUGGACAAUGUGGCCUACAUGGACUAUGUGGACUAUAUGGCCAACAUGGACUAUGUGGCCGACAUGGACUAUGUGGCCGACAUGGACUAUGUGGCCGACAUGGACUAUGUCGCCUACAUGGACUAUGUCGCCUACAUGGACUAUGUGGCCUACAUGGACUAUGUGGACAAUGUGGCCUAAAUGGACAAUGUGGCCUACAUGGACUAUGUGGACAAUGUGGCCUAAAUGGACAAUGUGGCCUACAUGGACUAUAUGGCCAACAUGGACUAUGUGGCCUACAUGGACUAUGUGGACAAUGUGGCCUAAAUGGACAAUGUGGCCUACAUGGACUAUGUGGACUAUAUGGCCAACAUGGACUAUGUGGCCGACAUGGACUAUGUGGCCGACAUGGACUAUGUGGCCUACAUGGACUAUGUGGCCUAAAUGGACAAUGUGGCCUAAAUGGACAAUGUGGCCUAAAUGGACUAUGUGGCCUACAUGGACUAUGUGGCCGACAUGGACUAUGUCGCCUACAUGGACUAUGUGGCCUACAUGGACUAUGUGGACUACGUGGCCGACAUGGACUAUGUGGACUACGUGGCCGACAUGGACUACGUGGUCGACAUGGACUAUAUGGCCGACAUGGACUAUGUGGCCUACAUGGACUAUGUGGCCUACAUGGACUAUGUGGCCGACAUGGACUAUGUGGCCGACAUGGACUAUGUGGCCUAUGUGGACUAUGUGGCCUACAUGGACUUUGUGGCCGCGCAGAGAAGCAGUUGAGACUCGGCGCUCCUUGGAGAAGUCCCAACAUAUAGCAUGUCCUUACAUUACACCAUCCCAGUUUUAUAUUUGAGUUCAUUUUCCUGUCACACGGUGUUUUUAAUGUACAGCAGUCCUCUUCUACAAUCCACUGUACCGAUGCAUACAUGAGCGGUAAAUGCAGCAUGUACAUUACAUUUAUUAUAUUUCUACAAUCGCAGCCUCAUUAUAGCCAAUACAAAAUUGCUUCAAUAGUUAGGAGCGUUUCAGACUAUUUAAAGCACACAAAAAAGGUUGUUAUUUAUGUAAAUAUGAAAAGAGAAAAGGAGCGUGUGCAAUAUGUGAAGCUCAUACACUGUACAGAUGUUCACCUUCAUGCCAAAGUGAGUGAGGGCUCGGACCUGACACUGCACCUACCAGGGGGGGACUUAUUGGAGGCUUUUUACCAAUUUAGUGUUUGGAUUCUUUUUAUAUUUGCGCAGCAAUGUUUUUUUUUAUUUGUAUUUAACACAAAGUCACCGUUCUGCUGUAAAUGUUCCCCUAUGCUUUUCUUUUAAUAAAAUACACUCAUUUCUUUAGAA